CUCUCUAGUAUCUCGCCCACAAUAAAGUGGCGCCAAAUGCAAAAUUACUCCAAAUUAACCGAAUCUAGAGAUCCAUGGCGAAUUCACAGUCGAAUUCCAGAGUCUUCAGCGUCCGAAUCGUGUCAAUCGAUUACUAUAUGUCCUCGCCUCUCCCUGGAGUCGAUAUUUGCUACAGUAGCUUUCAAGGCGGGAAAGUGAACGAGGUUCCAGUUAUACGCGUUUAUGGCUCAACUCCAGCAGGACAGAAGACCUGCUUGCACAUUCAUGGCGGAGGAGCAAUUCUUGACAAAAGCUUGCAGCCUCAUGAGUCUCAUAUUCCUUUUAUUCUCCAGUUUCUGGUUGACUGUAAUUUAUAUGGAAUGGGGCAUGUGCAUGUAUCAAAAGUGAAGUUUCGUCAUCCGGUUCCAGAUGCUUUCAGUAAAAGAAAAUCUAAUCACCUUUCUCAAGCCAGCAUUGAGACGGAAGAAACUAUAACUGCAUUACGUGAUAGUCAGGAAGAAUAUGAAAGAACUGGCACGGAUGAGGUAGCUAUGCCUCCUGAUCCUGGAAAACCACUUCCGAGAGAUGUUUUAAAUGCACUAUCACAUAAGCUUAACAAAAGAUUGGAGAAGUUGACAUGUAAAGCUCAAGACAACAAAAUGUUGGUCAAGAAUACUGUGGAAGAUCUUCCUUUGGAGACAGUUUCUGUGAAUGAAGAAAAAAUGGUUGAACUUGGUAACUCGGAUGGCCAUGAUACUGUGGAUGAUAAUUCCAAGCUUGGCAUUACCCAAGAAAGCGUCAAACUGUUAUCUCCGCAAGAUUCAAAGUGUCUAGAAGAACUCUGCCAAACACCCACAGAAAGAAAGUAUGGAUGCCGACCACUAUCAGCCAAUAAUGAGCAAUCACUAGAAGUAAAUUGCCUCGUACCUGGGGUUUCAGAUACAGAAGCUCUGGGCCUGCUAAAGUGGCUUGCCACAUCACAGGCUGCUGAAGAGAUAAACUCUGACGAUGAACUUGUUCGUGAGACCAUUCUGAGUCCUCUUUUGCCUACAACAAACAUUGAUAAGGUGCUAGAAAGAGCGAGUACGGAUUAUGAGAGCGAGUCCCAGAGAGAGUGUCAGGAUAUUCUUGAUUCCAUUGAGGAUUUUGUUAAAUGUGAUGAGUCAAAGGUGAAACUUCCUUAUUCGUUGGAGCUUAACCGUUGCUCCUCAUCGGAAGAAAAGAUGUCCAAGGUUAAUGCUUUGCAUUCACCUGCUUCUGCACCAUCUAAACUGUCAUCUAAGACACAGAAAAGAGGAGCAUCUGAAACAUACUCCGGGCGCAAGGAAUUGCAGAUUAGCCACACCAGUUUGACGAAUAAAAGGAAGAAGUCUUUAUGGGGCACUCUGCCGUUCUCAGUUACUAAAACUUCAAGUGACAUCUCUAAAAUACAUAGCAUAUCUGAUCUGUCUGGUGGUGACAAUAAUCCUGAAAAGGCUCUAAGAAGAUGUUCUGACGUUUCUUUACGGAAUUCAGAAGCUAAUGUCCAAGCACAGGCAUUGGACGAAUGCUCAGUGCGGGACCUGAUGCGAAAGAAGCGCUCCAAUCAAACUGCCCUGCAGAAGUGUCCACUCUUAGGGAUUGGUGAAGGCUUUCUGGAAAGAGUACAUGAAGGAGUUGGCACACCUUUGACUAAACAAUUGGAUUCGCAAAUACAGCCCAAUGAAAAUGAAGAACACAAUAAGAGUUCUGUUAGGCGUCCGGAUGCUAGUUUGCUGGUUCCAAAAAAACUAGAGAAUAGCCAGCCGGAUAUUGGAAAUCCUAUAGUAGUAGAUUCAGACAGCCCCAGUAUGCAACAUGCUUCCAACAGCGUCAAGCAGGUUCCAACAGGUUUCCAGUUUCAAUCCGAAACUAAGAACUGUGAAAAGUAUAUGUGCAGAGGUGAGACCUCAGAAGUCAUAGCUUCUGAGCUCUUCAAUUCCAUAUCUGUUUCAUCUGCUAAGUGGCUGAAUAAGGAUACAACUCCGUCUAAUCAGAGACCAAACCAGAUGAAGGCUAAGGCUGUUGGUUCAAGUUGUCUGCGGGUUUCUCCUAUUGAGUCUGAGGAUGCAGGCUCAACGAAAGGUGGAACACCGAUGGGAAAUUCGUUUGAACAAUGUGCUGACAAGGUAAUUUCGAAGGAAAAGUUGGCAGAUACAACAUGCUUCUUGUCCGAGGCAGUUUGUUCUGCUCGCUCAAAACGUGGAAAUUUCGGUGUUUCUGCUCAUGGCAGCUCAGCAUUCACAGCUCUUAACAUUGAAACAAAGCCUACAGACUUAUAUAGAAUGACAGUCCGUAAGAAACCUCCUGUACCUGACUGGAAGGAUGGACCAUUGGAAAUUGCUUCUUUCUCGCUUGCUUUAUCUGGUGCUCCUUCUAUUGUCAAGGAGAAAAAAGAUGGGAUAUCAGUGGAUGAACUUCUUCCUUUCUUUGAAAAUAGUCAUCAGAACAAGACAGGAGAUCAGUCUCAUAGGGAUAAGGAUGUUGAUCAAGAAGCUGCAGUAGGCGUCCCAGCUCACUUUCAGAAUGAUGGCUCAAUCUUGUAUCUUUUAACACCUGUCUUUUCACCACCUUCCCCAGAUGUUGUUUGUCGAUGGUUGAUGUGUAAGAGCGCAGGGUUUUCCGAGAAUAGUCCAAAAGCCAUUUCAGCUGUUGAUGCUACUGAGCUUCUGAUUCAAUCUAAAUCUUCAUCUAAUUCAACCUCCUCACCCGCUCAAAUACGCGAAGAAACAACCGAGAACCUUGAUAUUGAAUGUCUUCCCCAUCAAGAGAAGCUUCAACAGUUAUCUCAGAGUGAAGGAAACAUGCGUGAUGCAUCUCAAAUAUCUGGACCUGAUGGUGGAUCAGGACCUACUCCUCUCAGCCAAAUGGGAUUUCGGGAUCCUGCUAGUAUUGGUGCUGGACAACAGCUUACAUUAUUAAGUCUGGAGGUUCAGGCUGAAUCCAGGGGAGAUCUCAGGCCAGAUCCUCGGUUUGAUGCAGUGAAUAUAGUAGUGCUUGCCUUUCAGGAUGACAAUGACUGUGCUUCGGAAGUUUACGUGCUUCUACGUAGUGAUUGUGAAUCAUCCCAGGGGCAUUCUGUUGGAAUACCUGCUCAUAAGGUCCUAGUGUUCUUUGAAGAGAAGCUUUUAUUUAAUGAACUUAUUAAUCUUGUCCGUAUGUUUGACCCCGAUGUUCUUAUGGGAUGGGAUAUUCAAAGUGGUUCUAUUGGUUUUUUGGCUGAGCGGGCUGCACAUCUUGGUCUGGGUUUUCUUAAGAGCAUUUCUCGCACACCAUUUCAAACAGAGCAAGAUGCAGAUACUGAAGCUGCUAAUAAAGGUCUUAUGGAUAUUGCACUCCACGAAUCUUCAACUGCAGACAAUGAAUUGAUGGGAGAUGCAGUAAUUGAGGAUGAGUGGGGCCGGACACAUGCCAGUGGUGUCCAUGUUGUUGGUAGGAUUGUCCUUAAUGUAUGGCGACUGGUACGGAGUGAGGUCAAGCUCAAUAUGUACACGAUUGAAGCUGUAAGUGAAGCUGUUUUGAGGCGGAAGACUCCUUCUAUCCCAUUUAGAGUACUGACUAGAUGGUUUGCUAGUGGCCCCGGUGGAGGAAGGUAUAGAUGCAUUGAGUUUGUGAUGCAGAGAGCAAACUUGAAUUUCGAGAUUGUGGAACAACUUGAUAUGGUGAAUCGGACCUCAGAACUUGCACGUGUUUUUGGCAUUGACUUCUUUUCUGUCCUCUCUCGUGGUUCACAGUACCGUGUUGAGUCCAUGCUCCUCAGAUUGGCUCAUACACAAAAUUAUAUUGCCAUUUCUCCUGGGAGUCAGCAGGUUGCUUCUCAACCAGCCAUGGAGUGUCUCCCUCUUGUAAUGGAACCAGAAUCAGGGUUUUAUGCAGAUCCAGUGGUGGUCUUAGACUUCCAAUCUCUUUAUCCAUCCAUGAUAAUUGCUUAUAACCUUUGCUUCUGUACGUGUCUUGGAAAUGCCGAGCCUUCGAAGGCAGAUACCCUGGGGGUCACUUCAUUUUCACCAGAUCCAGAGAUUUUUCAGAAUUUGGUGAAUCAACUGCUUUGUACUCCUAAUAGUGUUAUGUAUGCACCUUCAGAGGUUCGGAAAGGAAUAUUACCCCGGUUAUUAGAGGAAAUACUAUCAACCAGGAUAAUGGUGAAGAAAGCGAUGAAGAAGUUGGGUCCCAAUCAACAAAUCCUUCACAGGAUAUUUAAUGCAAGACAACUUGCUCUCAAGUUGAUAGCAAACGUAACAUAUGGUUACACAGCUGCUGGAUUUAGUGGUCGCAUGCCUUGUGCCGAGCUUGCCGACAGCAUUGUCCAGUGUGGCCGUAGCACUCUGGAAAAGGCUAUUGCAUUAGUAAAUGCAAAUGAUAAUUGGAAGGCUAGAGUCGUAUAUGGUGAUACUGACAGCAUGUUCGUUCUUCUCAAGGGACGAACAGUCCCAGAGGCAUUCCGGAUUGGGAAUGAGAUAGCAGCGGCCGUGAGUGCUAUGAACCCAUACCCAGUAACCUUAAAAAUGGAGAAAGUAUAUCACCCUUGCUUCCUUCUCACCAAGAAGCGCUACGUCGGAUACAGCUAUGAGAGACCCGACCAGAGCGAGCCGAUCUUUGAUGCAAAAGGGAUUGAGACAGUUCGAAGAGACUCAUGUGCAGCUGUUUCCAAGCUCAUGGAGCGAUCCAUUAGGCACUUCUUUGAGCACCAAGACAUCUCUAAGGUUAAAGUAUAUCUAUAUCGUCAAUGGACCCGUAUCCUCUCUGGCAGAGUCUCCCUCCAAGACUUCAUCUUCGCCAAAGAGGUCCGAUUAGGCUCGUACAGUACUCGACCUUCUUCCUCCCUUCCACCCGCAGCCAUAGUAGCCACCAAGGCAAUGAGGUCGGACCCAAGAGCCGAGCCACGCUAUGCUGAGCGGGUCCCUUAUGUCGUGAUUCAUGGCCAGCCAGGUGGUCGCCUGGUUGACAUGGUGGUUGACCCACUUGACCUCCUGGCUCUUGGCUCCCCCUACCGACUGAACGACAUUUACUACAUCACGAAGCAGAUCAUCCCGGCCUUGCAGAGGGUGUUCGGGCUGGUUGGCGCAGAUUUGAACCGGUGGUUUGCCGAGAUGCCUCGUCCAGCUAGGGAAGCCUCAACCAAGCGACCAGUUUUUGGUUCAAGCAGUAACCCGCACAGGACCAGGAUCGACUAUUAUUAUCUGUCCCAGCAUUGCUUGAUCUGCGGGGAUUUGGUUCGUUCAUCAGCACACGUGUGUGGGAAGUGUCUGCAGGAUGAAGCUGCUGCAACGACUGCUGUCGUUGGGAGGACUUCAAAGCUGGAACGAGAGAUGCAUCACCUUGCUGCUAUAUGCCGGCAUUGUGGCGGAGGGGAUUGGGUAGUGGAGACCGGGGUUAAGUGCACAUCUCUGGCGUGUUCUGUGUUCUACGAGAGGAGGAAAGUUCAGAAGGAGCUUAUGGGACUCUCCGCCAUUGCAGCAGAGAAAGGUCUGGCUUAUCGGAAAGAAGGCCUGGACUCAUAUAAUCCUUUUGGGCUGGCCCAAAGUAACUGGACUUGGUCUGAUGCUUUCCUCUGCAACUUUCCGUUUAGUAAUCUCCGAACCUUUCUCCUUUCCUCCGCCGUGCCGUUCUCCCGGGCAAAAAUAAUGGCGAGAACCCAAGUUCGCCUCCUCUUAUGGAGGCGCCUUAAACCCUACAGCUUCGCCCGCCUCUCUUCCUCGCCUUCCACCCUUAUACCCUAUUCCACUUCUUCUGCCGCCGCCUCCUCUCCGGACCCUCCAAAACCCUCUUCCCUUUCCGCCCGCAUGAGCUUCGUCUUCGAUCAAAUCGACGCCAUUGAGCGCGAACGCUCCGAGAAGCACGAAACUCUGCAAAAGAUUCGAGCUUGGCGCCAAUCCAAAACUGACAACCAGCAGCUGCAGAAUCAGGAACGGAGAGAAGAGCCUAGUUCCCGGAAGCCUGAAGUGGUAGUAACGACUUUUAGCUCCUCGCGGGAUGAAGAAUCCGAUGCUGGGUACGGUUUUGAUGGGAGCAGUUCCGGGUCGGGUGUUGAGCUGGGGAAGGCGAGGAGGCAAGUGGAGCUUGUUCAUCCCUGGCCGGAAUGGAUAGAGUUGAUGGAGAGACUGGUUCAGCAGAAUUACUUCGAUCAUAAGAGAAGUAAAGAAGAGGACCAGAUGGUUGAGAGUUUGGGGAUUGAUGAUGGGUUUGAAGAUGUGAAUGCAGCUGUUGAGAAAAAUCAGAUAGGAGUUGAUUUCGCUAAAGAUUUUAGGACCGUGCAGAAUGCUUUUGUCAAUUUUGGCAAAGACAGAUUCGAUAUCUUGAGGUCAUUGCCGAGAAAGGAUCUCCAGCUCUUGGUUGGCUAUGGAUGCCCAACUGCAGACAGAAGGGUUGUUAUGUCUGCCAAACUCCUGAGGAAGCGUGUCCACCUCGAUGAAGGCGAUGUUUGUAGUAGCUGCAGCUUGAGGAGCUCGUGUGAGAAAGCAUUUCUGCUGACAAAUAAAGAGGAGGAAGCGCAUACCAUCGAUGCAAUGCGGGUUCUCUUAGCUUACGGAUUCGAUCCGACAAAUGGAUCAGUCACCAAUAAGUCGAUUCUGAAAGAAAAAUCGGUCAAAACUGUGGUCCGGAAGCUACUUCACGAGAUUGUAAAGCUGAGUGCUGUGCCUAUCGAUCCGAAUCUCCCUCCUCCUGUGAUCAAGAAACCUCCUCCAAAGGUGAAGCAGCCUCCGCCGCCGCCGAAGAAACGAGUUGGACGUGAUGAUAUCGAGAUGAAAAAAGGCGAUUGGCUUUGCCCUAAGUGUGACUUCAUGAAUUUCGCAAAGAACACGGCAUGUUUACAGUGUGAUGCCAAGAGGCCAAAGAGACAGUUGCUUCCAGGAGAAUGGGAAUGCGCUCAGUGUAACUUCUUAAACUAUAGGAGAAACAUGGUAUGCUUUCAUUGUGAUUGCAAGCGGCCACAUGAUGAUUUCUUGGAGAAUAGAAUGGAGGAAAGGAAUCGUGACCAAAAACCAAGGUUCGAGAAGGUUGCAACCCGUCCUGAAGUGUCAAAUGCCUGGAACUUCGAUUUUGAUGACGACGAGUCAGAUGGUGCAGAUGUUGCUGCCUUUGAGAAUGCAGACUCAGCAUUGAAAGAUCAUGAACCUCCUAUGUCUGCUGCUCCAGCUCAGGGAGGAAACUUCAGAGACCGUGAAAUGGGUACCAGAAAUCCAAGCAAGUAUUCAGAUUCACAACCGAGUAGAUCCGGAACAGGGUUUGACGAUUUUGACGAUGAAGAUGAUAUCGAGAGCUAUGAGUUGGAUACCAACCCCACUCGGGCAACUCAUAGCAAUGCUUCCAGACGACCUUAUGAGUCUGAAGACAUUGACCUUUCGGAUGAUGACUUGGAUUCUCGACCUCAUUCUAGACCAUUGAGGGAUUCGAGACCCACCAAGCCGGUAAGAAGGAAACCUUUCGCUGAUGAUGAUGAGCUAGGAUUUGACUCAGAUGAAGAGCUUUCAUCUCAUUCGAAAUGGAAAUCCAGUCACGUUGCGUCUGGACACAAAAAUCGAGGUAGGAGUCCAGCUAAAAAACUGAGUUUUGGCUCGGAUGAUGAUGACCUUGAUCUUGACUCUGAUGAUGACUCUGACGAGGAAUUUGGCGGCCGAAAGAUGAGAACAAAGGGACGGAACUCCACUAGAGGUGGAUUUCAGAGACGAGGUGACGAUGAUGAUGACUACACAGGCGGCAGAGGUGGAAGAUCAAAGCGGAUGGGUGGCGGGAGAAGGGAGUCGUCAUGGGAUGAUGACUUUGAUCAACCUAGAUCAUCAUCGUUCCAUGGCUCACGUGGUAGAGCAAGAGGAAAUGGAGGUGGGUGGAGGAAGAGUGAUGGAGGUAGAGGUAGAGGUAGAGGUGGAGGUGGAGGUGAGGAUUUUGGCAGAGGUAGAGGGGCAAGACAAGGAGGAAACCGGAGUUUCCAGCAGUCGAGAUCUGGUGACUAUGGGAUGAUGGAUAAAGGUUCGAUGGACGAUGGUGAGUAUAGAAACAAAAGAAGGGUAAUUGAAAGACGGAACAAUGGCCGUCUAUUUCCACAAACCGACGAGGUGAAAGCUGUAGCUUAG